AUGACCAAGCAGCUGGAUGAGCCGAAGAACAAGAUUGAAAUGAUGAUUCUUGAUAGUUAUGGUUUUGGAUCAGAGAAAUCAAGGUCGAUCAUGGCAAGCAAGUCGACGUUACUGAUUAAUAAAUACAAUGCACCUCCAUUAGGGGAUGAUCACGUGAAUGGACUCCCUGCUCACACUGACAAAAGAUUGUCCACAACACUUUGUGAUGAUCAAGUUUCAGGGCUGGAAUUUGAAACCACAGAUGGACAAUGGGCAUGGAGUAAUGGCAGAAUGCAUUCGAUGAAGCAUAGAGUGAUGAUUAGUGGACAGAGAGAACAGUAUUCGUUACUAGUGAUUGCACUUCCGGUAGAAGAUACAAUAGUCAAGGCGCCAAAGGAGCUAGUAGAUGAAGAACAUCCCCAACUUUUUAAAGACUUUUGA